GUUACCAUGGAGACGUCAGAGAUUUUAAUACAGCUCAGUAUGAUAUUUCUCGAGGCUUUUUUUCUGUAGCUGGUCAAAUUGAUCAGAUGAUCGAUGCUGAUAAAUGAUCAAUGUUUCUGAUCUGACCAAUACCCGCGGUGACGUCAUUCUGUUUCCUUCUUCGUGAGGGAAGUCAGUGAGGUGGAAAAAAACCUGCUGAUCAGCCAAUCUGCAGCCCGUCUGUGCCUGCACCGUCCUCCUUCUCCCUACACCUUCUCUUCCUCCGUUUCUCCUCCUCCGCCCUGCGGCAGCGAUGCUCCUGCCGGCCCUGCCCGGGUUCGGUGCUCGGUCCGUGGGCUGACUGUAUCUCGGUGAAGUCGGUGCAGGUCGUCGGUCCGUCAUGGUACAGAAAUCCCGGAACGGCGGGGUGUUCCCCGGAGCGCAGGCCGACCAGAAAAAGCUGAAGGUCGGCUUCGUGGGUCUGGAGGCCGGAGGAACCGACUCCAGCAGGGACGGUGCUCUGCUCAUAGCGGGUGGAGAUGAGGGUCCUCGGCGGCAGCGCAGCAGCGUCUCUGGAGGGAAGAAACCGCCGAAACGAAAUGCCCUCUACAGACGCCUGCAGAACUUCCUGUACAAUGUCCUGGAGAGACCCCGAGGAUGGGCCUUUAUCUACCAUGCCUACGUGUUCCUGCUGGUGUUCUCCUGCCUGGUUCUGUCUGUGUUCUCCACCAUCAGAGAGUAUGAGAAGAGCUCAGAGGAUGCACUCUACAUACUGGAAGUGGUGACCAUCGUGGUGUUCGGCGUGGAGUACAUGGUCAGGAUCUGGGCUGCGGGUUGUUGCUGUCGGUACAGAGGAUGGAGAGGUCGACUGAAAUUCGCUAGGAAGCCGUUCUGUGUCAUUGACAUCAUGGUGCUUAUAGCAUCCAUCUCAGUCCUGGCUGCGGGGACUCAGGGAAAUGUCUUUGCCACGUCAGCCAUCAGGUCUCUACGGUUCCUUCAGAUUCUCCGGAUGAUCCGGAUGGAUCGACGGGGAGGAACCUGGAAACUGUUGGGAUCAGUGGUCUACGCCCACAGCAAGGAGCUGAUCACAGCUUGGUAUAUCGGCUUCUUGUGUCUCAUUCUGGCAAGUUUCCUAGUUUAUUUGGCGGAAAAAGAAGAUAAUGAACAAUUUGAGACGUAUGCUGACGCCCUCUGGUGGGGAUUGAUCACUUUGACGACCAUCGGUUAUGGAGACAAGUUCCCCAUCACCUGGAACGGACGUCUGCUGGCUGCAACCUUCACUCUGAUUGGAGUUUCAUUCUUCGCUCUGCCAGCUGGGAUCCUGGGUUCUGGCUUUGCUCUGAAGGUUCAGGAGCAGCACAGGCAGAAACACUUUGAGAAGAGACGAAACCCAGCAGCUGGACUCAUACAGGCGGCCUGGAGGGUUUACGCCACAAACCUGAGUCGAACUGAUCUGACAUCUACAUGGGAUUAUUAUGAGAGGACAGUGUCUGUCCCCAUGUACAGGCUGAUCCCUCCUCUCAAUCAGCUGGACUUACUGAGGAACCUCAAGAACAAAUCAGGACUCUCCUUCAGGAAGGACGUUCAACCAGAACCUUCUCCCAGUCAGAAGGUCAGUCUGAAGGAGAGGGUCUUCUCGUCUCCCCGAAGUUCAGGAACCAAAGGGAAAGGUUCUCCUCAGCACGUGGUUCCUCCUGUUGGCCCUGGUGUUGCUCCUGGAGUGGGUCCUGGUGUUGGUCCUGUAGUACCUGGAGGUCCUGUGGGGCCAGGGGGAGUCCAGGUCUUGCGGCGGUCCCCCAGUGUAGAGCCCAAUUUGGAGGAGAGUCCCAGCAAGGUUCCAAAGAGCUGGAGCUUUGGAGAACGCAGCAGAACCAGACAGGCCUUCAGGAUCCGAGGAGCUGCAUCCCGCCAGAACUCUGAAGUGCUGAUAGAGAUGCAGGACGAAGAGUUCAGACAGAAGAGCUCCCCAGAGGCCAGCCUGCCUGGAGAAGACAUGGCUGACGACAACAAGAGCUGCCACUGUGAAUUUGUUCCUCAGGAUCUGACCCCGGCGUUAAAGGUCACCAUCAGAGCCAUCUGCAUCAUGCGCUUCAUGGUAUCCAAGAGGAAGUUUAAGGAAAGUCUUCGUCCGUACGAUGUCAUGGAUGUGAUUGAACAGUAUUCAGCCGGACACCUGGACAUGCUUGCCCGCAUCAAGAACCUCCAGUCCAGGGUGGAUCAGAUAGUUGGCAGAGGAACACCAAUUGCAGACAAAGAUCGUCCCAAAGCAGCCAGUGAGGAGCUACCUGAGGACCCGAGCAUGAUGGGACGCCUGGGGAAAGUGGAGAAGCAGGUCCUGUCCAUGGAGAGGAAGCUCGACUUUCUGGUUAACAUCUACAUCCAGCGAAUGGGAAUCCCUCAGGCUGAGACCGAUGCCUACUUUGGGUCCAAGGAGCCAGACCCAGCCCCACCAUACCACAGUCCAGUGGAUCAGCUGGAGAAGAGCCAGUCCAUCUCCAAGAUCAUGCAGGUGUUGCCUGGUGAACAUUCAGAGAAGGCUCGGAUUGUGACAAAGAUGGUCCGCUCCAGCAGCUCCACCGGACACAGGAACUACAAUGCCCCCACAUGUCCUCCCUCCACCUCUUGGCAGCCAAUCAGCUCCCAGCUCCACCAGCAGGUUCCACCCCCUCCCCAGCGUAGCCACGGUAAUACUCCGAGUCCGGUGGGGGAUGGGUCACUGGUUCGACUGCCCCCACCUCCAGCCGGAGAGAGACAUGGCGGGAACCGAUCAAAUCGACACAGCACUGGAGACCGAGGGGGGGCAGAGAGACAGGAGAAGGGUGGAGAGGGGUCCAAUGGGAUGGGGGGUGGAGGUGAGGAGGUGAAGCCUGACAGUGACACCUCUAUCUCCAUUCCGUCAGUGGACCAUGAAGAGCUGGAGCGGUCCUUCAGUGGGUUCUCCAUUUCCCAGUCCAGAGAAAACCUAGACUUCCUCAACAAUGGAUUCUACUCCUCCACCAACCUGGGAGACCAACAUGGAGGGGAAGGAGGUGCCUGCUGCACCACUGUCCGGCCCUACAUUGCCGAGGGGGAGUCAGACUCCGACUCUGAGCUCUGUGCUCCAUCACCGCACUCAGACCGGGCCUGGACCGGAACCAAGUGAAGCUGUUGGAAAUCCAGAGUCAAACCAGCAGAACAUUUAAAUUAAAAAUAAUCAAAAUGUGAAUAAAAACUAAACCUGAAGAUUUAAACCACCAGCUGGAGGCUCGCAGCAAAGCAUCAUGGGAACUGACGGCACUCAGCAGCCGCCAGCAUGAUGGUACGAUUUAUG